AUGGACGCCACUCUUGACAGCAAUGUUGCUUGUGCUGACGAAGAUUUUUCGAAAUUGAAAGUCCAUGAUUUAAAAAGAUAUUUAAAAGAGCGUGGUAUCCAGUUAAGCGAUGGGGGCAAAGGCAAGAGGAAGGCAGAGCUUGUCGAUUUGUGCGAAAAAGCGGCAGCGAUGAAACAAGCCAAGUUAGACGAUACCGCCGAAGACCGCAACAAGCUGAUGGAGGACAAACUGCGGACAAACGAUGGUAAAUUGCCAGAUCCUAAAACCUUAACCGCUUGGACCAACAACUUUUCUAACAUCCCGGAGUUUACCUUCGGAGACCUUUACAACUACCUAGUGGGGGGAAGGAAGAUUACUCUGAGGAGAAUCUCCGUUCGUUUAAAAAGUUUGCUGGGCUUUAAAUUAUUUCGUGAUGGCCAUGUUAUCGAUUUAAAGUAUUGUCCGCUAGAGAAGAACAACUUUUGUUUCUUCAAGUUUAAAGUUAAGCCCACUGAAAGAGCCAAAACGGAAGAUGGACAGGCUACUUACAAUGGUUUCACAAUUCUAAAAUCCAGCGGAGAGGUACACGCAGCAUUUUGCCCGUGUAAAGGAGGGAGUGAUGGUUGCUGCAGGCACGUUGCCGCUGUGUUGUUUGACCUCCAGGCCACAGUUAGCAAUAAUUUGAUGUCAACGUGCACUUCUGGGAAAUGUGAGUGGAAGAAAAGAAGUGGGAAUAGUCAGUAUGCUACCCUUUUAAAGAAUUUAAAGAUUGUUAAAGCUGAGUUUGGUAAAGCUGAAAAGGAUCCUGUAAAACCACAUAAUUUUCAACCAGGACUCUCAUCUUUUGAUUCCAGCUCAAUGAGAGAAAAGCUGAGGAGGGGUCUACAACAGUUAUACCCUCAGUCAGUGGCCAUUCACUUUCUCCCGAAGCCAGAAGAUCCAGACACACCAGAACCAUUAGUGAAAGAACACAUUACCAAUGAUGCAAAUGUUGAAAGGUUUGAAACUGUGGAGAAUGUUACUGUUUACACUAUGAAAGAAUAUGCAAACAUUUUUAAAUGUCAGAACAACAUUGACAACAACAUGGAUAUAUCUGAAGACAUUGUUGAGUCGUUUAUGAAGUUUUUGUCUGUCAGUGAAAGUCAGUGUGAUGUGAUUUGCUCGAAAACAGUGCAUCAGGGAAGUAGUCAGUUGUGGUUUGACCAGCGAUCAGGCCGCAUAACAGCUUCAAACUUUUACCGGGUGUGCCACAUGAGAGACACAACAGACAAAUCAAACAUUGUCAAACUACUUAUGAACUACUGCCCAAUGGAGCAUAUACCUGAGCAGCUAGAGUGGGGCCAUGAAAAGGAAAUUGCUGCUUCAGAACUUUAUUUAAAGAAGAUUUCACUGAAACACAAGGAACUACACCUUCUUGAAUCUGGCCUUGUUAUUAAUCAGAAGUGGCCUUUUCUUGGUGCAAGCCCCGAUCGUAUUCGUCACUGUGAAUGUCAUGGUAAGACAUUAGUUGAGUGCAAGAGUUUGUUUGCCAAACGGAAUCUGCUACCUGGAGUUGCAGCUUCUGACAAGUUGCUCAAAACAACGAAGGGCUUCAAGCUGAAGGAAGAAACUUCCUGGUAUUACCAAAUCCAGGGCCAAAUGGCAAUCUCUGGGAUUCAUGCCACUGAUCUUGUAAUUUAUACAAACAAGGGGAUUUUGAUUGUUCAUGUGGAUUUUGACAAGGAGUUUUUCUCUGCGAAUGUUGGAAAAGUUACAACUGUUUUUUUUAAGUUUAUGGUGCCAGAGCUUCUCACUGGAAAAAUAUUAGGUGAAGUAAGGUCAUAG